GUUAAACAUACUAUCAGUAAAUGGCAAACCAAAUCCUAGUCUGUUUUGUAAUAUGUUGUGUUCAAUUUUCGAAUGGAGAAGAAAUUGACAAUAAAAGACUAUUGCUGAAUGAUCCGGAUGUUUCAGCAGCCAGACUACUUCAAAUGGAGAAAUCCAUACAGAAACUUACAUCGACUGUUCAAGGCUUGACACGUCUGGUUACAACUUUAAAUGGUACCUUACAAACUGUGAACGCUGAGCUAGCUGCCGAAAAGAUGAGGACGGCACAAACAACCCAUGGUUCAACGUAUGUUCGAUGGGGAAGAAGUAGAUGUCCUUCAAAUGCAGAAAUAGUGUACUCAGGUUAUGCUGCUGGGAACGUAUACUACGAAGGUUCCUACUAUGGAGGACCGUCUAAUACACUGUGUCUCCCAACGGACCCUGAACUCAGUAAUCGCACUGCACCUGGAAGUUCAUAUAUAUACGGUACAGAAUACCAAGAAAACUCCUUUAGAACGAAAUCUCUCGACGAGGAUGUGCCAUGCGCUGUUUGUCGCAAUCCGAACAGUUCCUCCUCAUUGAUGAUCCCUGGACGUAAAACUUGUUACGCUGGAUGGCAAAAUGAGUAUAACGGAUAUUUAGCUUCAGGAUGUUCUACGUGCAAGGCAUCUUCAUUUGUCUGCGUUGACGUUCAACCGGAAUACAUUCCGAGUGGAGAGCGCAACGACAACGGCCAUCUCCUUUAUAUGGUUGGUACCAAAUGUGGUGCACUUCCUUGUCCACCUUAUCAUGACAAACUUGAAUUAUAUUGCGUUGUUUGUUCAAAAUAAUAAAGUUAUAUUUGUAUACUG